UCACAUGGCAUCUCCAAGAGUUGAAGGUAUACAUACAAGGCCGAAAUUACGUGUUCGUUAAACGUUCGCGAGACACUCGUAAUAUAACAAUAAAUUAUAAAUUAAAUCUGAAAAUAAUUAAAUUUGAUACAGUUUGUCUAAGAUAAAAAUAGUCUAUAGAGGAAGACCCUUUGACAUCUUAAAAAAAUUGUUGAAAAUGGGAAGAAAAAACAAAAAUAAAAAGUCCGAAGCUGGUGGACAGCCUGAACAAAAACCUAAAGAGAAUCCGCAGCAUCAAUUGGAGUCCCAACAACCAGGCACAUCACAACCAAAGCAAUCUGCACCUCCGCAAGAAAGUGGACAAAAGGAAAGUUCACAACAGCAGGGAGCACAACAGAAGGAAAGUUCACAACAACAACAGACUCAAAGACAGCAAAAACGGCCACAACACCAACAACGCCCCCAGCAGCAGCCAACCAGACCACAGGAACAACGUCCACAACAACAAGAGCAACAAAGCCGUAAACAGCAACAACAACCACAACGGCAGCAAGCGCAACCACAGCACCAACAAGGUCCCCAGCAAAGCCGUAAACAGCAACAACAACCACAACGGCAGCAAGCGCAACCACAGCACCAACAAGGUCUCCAGCAAACUUGGCCACAGCAGCAGCAAAGCCACCCACAGCAGGAACGUUCCCAAUACCAACAAGGACCACAGCACCAACAAGGACCACAUCACCAACAAGGACCACAGCAGCAGCAAAGCCGCCCACAAUACCAACAAGGACCACAGCAAACGUGGCCACAGCAGCAGCAAAGCCGCCCACAGCAGGAAAGUUCACAAUACCAACAAGGUCCACAGCAGCAUAAAACCCCACAACAACAUGAGCGUUCGCAAUAUCAACAAGGUCCACAACAGCAGAAACCCCCACAGCAACCGAAUCAGCCUCAUCACCAACAACGCCAACAACCACAGCAGACCCAACCGCAACACCAACAAUCUCCCCAGCAAACUCCAACACGUCAAUCAAGUGUUUCACAUUCGUCAUCAAGUACAUCGCUUUCGUCUGCUCCUUCGCAAAGCAGCAUAUCACCUGGGACUCUAGGUGUCAAAGGGGAAGCGGAAGCCAACUAUUUAAUAAUGGAUUUAAGUAAAAUGCCCAAUAAGGCUUACCAUUAUGAUGUUACCAUCACUCCAGAUCGUCCCAAAAAAUUUUUCCGAAAUGCUUUUACACAGUUCAUGAAUACUUAUUUGCCAGGUCAUUUCGCUGGAUUCGAUGGAGUGAAGAGUUGUUAUUUGUUAGAAAUGUUGCCAAAACCCGUUUAUGAAGGCGAUGUAUCGAUUGCGGAUUCCGCCUCACGACAAAUUCAGUUUAAAGUUUCGAUUAAACCCACAGACAAUAUUGAAAUUGAUUUGGGAUCACUACGCACAUACCGUAAUGACCGUAUUUAUGACAAGCCAAUGCGUGCUCUACAAUGUCUUGAGGUGAUUUUAGCGAAUGCUUGUCAACAAAAGGGCCUACGUGUCGGUCGUUCCUUCUUCACACGACCUAAUCAGACAUUAGAUCUCGAUGGAGGUUACGAGUUAUAUACUGGUCUUUACCAGGCAGCUAUUUUAGGCGAUGUGCCUUAUUUAAAUGUUGAUAUUUCAAAUAAGUCAUUUCCAAUGGCAUUAAAUUUAAUUGAUUUGUUGAACGUGUUGCGUAUUGAUGCAGGACGCAGUCUAGAUCAACGGGGUUUACAAAGCCUAAGUGCUCACCUUAGAGCUUUAAAAGUAAUUUACAGUCCUCCUCCUUCUUUUGGUGCUGCACCACGGUCUUAUAAAGUAAACGAAGUUAGCAGAGAAUCUGCAAGUUCUUUGUCUUUUAAAAUUGACACUGGAGAGAAAUUAACGGUUCAGAGCUACUUUGCUAGUCGAGGUUACAAAUUAAAAUAUCCUCACUUAGGUUGUGUUGUAGCAGGAUCUUCGGUAAAACCAAAUUACCUACCGAUCGAGCUAUGCAGCAUCGAACCUGGCCAAGCUAUUAAGAAAAAAGACGGAAAAGCCCAAGUUCAGAAGAUGAUUAAAUUUGCCGCCACAUCAACUGAUGAACGAAAAAGAAAAAUAAUGGAAAAGCUCCAAUAUUUUUUGCAUAACAACGACAUACUCUUGCAAAAGUUUGGAAUUCGAAUUGAUAAUCAAUUUAUAAAGGUACCAACACGAUUACUAAGACCACCGUCAAUUGAAUAUCGAUUAGGCAAACUCGUAGAUCCUCGAAAUGGUUCCUGGCGCAAUUUACAAUAUUUGCAAACUGGCAUGACAUUAAAGAAAACUGGUCACAAGUGGGCGAUCAUAUAUAAUCCUUCUAGGUUUUUGCGACAUGGCAAUUUGCUAGAUUUUUCAAACAUGUUAUUCAAUGAAGCUAAGCGAAUGGGCAUAAAUUUGGAUUCAGAGAGGGAGAUACAAGAAACCAGAGACAUUGUUAGAACAUUGGAGGAAUAUAAAAGAAAAGAUUACGACUUGGUUAUAGUGGUGAUUCCCAAUUAUGGUACAUCGUACGCUGAUAUAAAACAAAAAGCCGAAUUAGUUUGCGGGCUCCUCACUCAAUGUAUCAAAGAACAAACUUUGAAUCGACGUGUGGACAAUCAAUUGAUUGGCAAUUUAUUAUUGAAAAUAAAUUCAAAACUGAAUGGAUCUAAUCACAAAAUUUCAGCUAAAUCCCAUAUUGUACUCGAUCACGCCAUGUUUAUGGGGGCGGAUGUCACUCAUCCAUCACCCGAUCAACGGAAUAUUCCAAGUGUUGUUGGUGUAGCUGCUUCCCAUGAUUUAAAUGGAGCUUCUUAUAACAUGCAGUAUCGUUUGCAAGAAUCAGCAAAAGAAGAAAUAGAUGACAUGCAAAGCAUUAGUCGUCACCAUCUGAAAGUAUAUUUCCAAAAGAAUAAUUGUUAUCCAAAUAACAUCAUUUAUUACCGCGAUGGUGUGUCUGAUGGGCAAUUUAAGAAGGUGAAUAAAUUCGAAGUCAGCGCUAUACGCGCAGUAUGCAAAGAGCUUCGGAUUACGCCUAAAAUAACAUGCAUAAUUGUGGUGAAACGACAUCAUACGCGUUUCUUCCCUACCAAACCUACUGGAGAUAAAUGGAACAAUGUCUUGCCCGGCACAGUUGUCGAUCAAAAAAUCGUUCACCCGAACGAAACACAGUUCUUUAUGGUAAGCCACCAGUCAAUUCAAGGGACAGCAAAGCCGACACGUUACAACGUUCUCGUGGAUGACGCAAAAUUUACAAUGGAUGAAUUACAAAUGAUGACCAAUAACUUAUGCUAUAUGUUUCCGCGUUGUAAUCGCGCAGUUUCUUACCCAGCGCCUGCUUAUCUUGCACAUUUGGUUGCAGCUCGUGGCCGUGUUUACAUCGAUGGACCCCCUCUAAGGCGAGCUCUUCGCGACGAGUAUAAUAAACGACUCAUUAAUGAAUCCUUUAUGCAAAAUACACCCAUGUUUUUUGUAUAAACAUAAAAUUAAUAUAUAUAUAUGUAUAUACAUAUUUUUCUAUAUCCAAUGGCAAACAUA